AUGUCGACGUCGAGCGCCGCGCUCGCUCCGUCGCUGGACGACUCGUCCUGUAACGUUAUGUUCGCAGAGGCGCGCACUGAAACACUGCGCAUGGCCGAUAUCAACGAGUUCCUCAUCUGCAAGCUGUGCAAGGGGUACUUGCGGGACCCGUACACGGUCAAAGAGUGUCUGCACACCUUCUGCCACGGCUGCAUUCGAGGCUUCUACCUGUACGACAGCACCAAGUCUUGCUCGUGUCCGACGUGCCACGUGCGUCUUGGUGCCAAGCCAUGGGCCCACAUCAUCCCAGAUCCAGCGAUGAAGGAGCUGACAGAGAAGCUGCUGCCUGACUACAGGGCCAAGGAAGAAGAGGAAGAGAGCGUGUUCUACGCGAAGCUAGGGAUUAAACGCAAGCGCGUUGAUGCUCCAGCUACGCCACGCCGAUCCCGCAUGAAGACGAGUGGCCCACGAGGCCCGUCGCCAGGAAACAUGAUCCCGUUCGAGAUUUACCCUCAACGCGGCCCUGCGGUCCCGCUGUUCCUGCAGCUCAACAAGUUGCACGCGCCUUGCAUGAAUACACAGGCUCAAUUCAAGAUUAUCAGCCUCCGCAAGUACCUGUCCAAGAAGCUGAAGGGAGUAAAGCCCGAGGAGAUCGAGAUCCUGUGCAAGGGUGUGGCCGUUGGGCCGGAAUACUCGCUCGAGUUCAUCCGUCGCACGCGCUGGAAAGAGAACUCGAAGAUGAUUCUCGAGUAUCGGCGGCAGAUUGUUGCCCCGUAG